CGCUCACUAACCUUUCACCUCGGAGUCGCUGAACACGGUGACGUGGAACCCAGACGCGGUGUAAACCCCUCGGCUUUCAUAUUCUCGAGAGCAUCUGUUCCCCGAUUCUUCAACAUCAAAGAUGGCUUCUCCAGCUCAACAGCUUCCUCCAGGGUGGACGGCUGAGUGGGAACCUACUCACCAACGAUACCUCUUCAUCGAGACCGCUACCGGCCAGACGUCUUGGGACCCUCCGGCCAUUGAUCCUGAACUCGCUCCUUCGUCAAGCCCCGCUCCUGCUACGCAGCACACGAAACGCCGCCAGUAUGCCGCCGGUCAAACUCAGGCUUACUACGGCGCGGGCGAUAAUCUCAACGGCGGAGGAUAUGGUGGUGGUGCUGCUGCUGCACCUCAGCCUGGUCAGCUCUUCACUCCCGGCCUGGCUGCCGAGAACCAAUUUCAGCAGCAGCAGCAGCAACAGCAGAUGGGCGGACAGCCUCCGUACUAUGGUGCUACUCCGGAACCUGAAUACAUCAACGCUCCCCAGCCGCCUGUGUAUGGGCAGCCUCAAGCUGGAGUUAAUAACCUUGUCGACCAGUUCGGGCAGAUGAACAUGGGACAGAAGGGGCUGCGGCUCUAUACUACCAACCUCCUGACGUCUCCUCCGGACCCCCGCGAGCUGUCGAAUCCGCCCCCCGAGAUUGUUCUCCCACCUAAUUCAUGCAUCUCUACUUCCCCACUUGCCAACGCCGACCACACGUAUCAACGCUGUACCCUGAACGCUAUUCCCACUACGAACUCGCUGUUGAAGAAGUCGAAUAUUCCCCUUGGCCUAAUUCUUACACCCUACCGCUCUUUGAAGGAAGGCGACGAGCCGGUGCCUCUUGUGACAGAUACCGUUAUUGCCCGAUGCAGACGUUGCAGGACGUACAUCAACCCGUACGUGCAGUUCAUAGAUGGUGGCAAUCGUUGGAGAUGCUGCAUGUGCUCACUCUCGAACGAGGUUCCUCAGCUAUUCGAUUGGGACCAAGUCAGGAACCAGCCGGGAGACAGAUGGGCGCGUCCAGAGCUGAACCACGGUGUUGUUGAGUAUGUUGCGCCGACUGAAUACAUGGUCCGACCCCCUCAGCCGGCGGUGUACAUCUUCCUCAUCGACGUUAGCCACAGUGCUAUUCAGUCUGGCAUGGUCGCUACCGCAACACGUACGAUGUUGGAGAACCUUGACCGUAUACCCGACGAAAAUGGCAGGACGAGGGUCUCCAUCAUUGCCUUUGACACAUCGUUGUACUUCUUCUCCAUGCCACCCGGCACCGCUGAGUCGUCCAUGCUCGUCGUGUCUGACGUGGAGGACGUCUUCCUGCCCAAGCCUACAGACUUGCUGGUGAACCUGUCGGAGGCUCGCGCAUCCCUUGAAGCAUUACUGGGCCGUCUCGGCGACAUGUUCCAGGACAACCACAUCAUUGGCAGCGCUCUCGGCCCCGCUCUGCAGGCGGGCUUCCAGCUUAUGUCAUCGAUUGGCGGCAAAAUCAUUGUCUUGUCUUCAAGCUUGCCUUCAAUUGGCGUUGGAGCUUUGAAGAACAGAGAAGACCCGAAGAUUUUGGGGACGUCGAAGGAGUCCGGCCUUCUUCAGGCCGCUUCACCGUUUUACAAAACCUUCGCCAUCGAAUGUUCCCGCGCUCAGGUCUCGGUCGAUAUGUUCCUGUUCAGUGCUGUCUAUCAGGACGUUGCCACCCUCGCUUGUUUGCCUCACUACACUGCUGGUCAGACCUACUUUUAUCCUGCAUUCAAUGCACGAACAGAGGAUGCGAUCAAGUUCGCUCACGAGUUUGGCUCGGUCUUGGCGCAACCCGUUAUGUUGGAGGCUGUCAUGCGCGUCCGCGCAUCUAAAAACCUGCGGAUGUCCUCAUUCCACGGAAACUUUUUUGUUCGUUCAACAGAUCUUCUGGCUAUGCCCGCGGUUCCACAGGAUCUCUCGUACGCCAUCGAGGUUCAGAUCGAAGAUACCAUUACCGCGCCCUUCGUCGUCUUCCAAACUGCUAUUUUGCACACGACCUGCUACGGUGAACGUCGCAUUCGCGUCGUGACCACGGCGUUUCCGACGACUAGCAACCUCUCCGAGAUCUUCGCGUCCGCUGACCAGAUCGCUAUUGCUACUCUGCUUGCUAACAAGGCAGUCGAGCGUUGUAUCACGCACAAACUUGAGGACGCGCGGGACGCCCUCUUCAACAAGCUUGUCGAGAUCCUGCAGGCUUACAAGGCAAGCAUGACUGCCGCCGGCGCUGGUGCAAGUGCCCAACUUGCCAUAUCUGAGAACCUCAAGAUGUUGCCCGUGCUCGUUCUCGGUUUGCUAAAGAACGUCGGCAUCAGGCAGAGCGCGCAAAUUCCGCCGGACCUCAGGGCGUACGCGCAGGCUUUAUUGACGUCACUCCCGUCGCAGCUGCUCAUGCCAUACGUCUACGCCAACUUUUACUCCUUGCAUAACAUGCCGCCAGAGUGCGGAACCGUUGGCGAGCACGGUGUCAUUAUGCCCCCACCGCUGCCGCUCACCUCGGAGCGCUUAGAGAGGCAUGGUCUGUUCCUGCUCGAUGACGGCCAAAACAUCUUCCUCUGGGUCGGUCGCGAUGCUGUACCGCAGUUGAUCAUGGACGUCUUCAACUUGCCUAGCUACGAGGUCUUGCGCGGCGGAAAGCUAACGCUACCGAUACUGGAGAACCCAUUCAGUCAACGCAUAAAUGCAAUUAUCCAGAAGACCCGCGAGAUGCGCCGCGGCCCAUACUGGCCACAUCUGUACGUCGCCAAGGAAGACGGCGAGCCGGCCCUGCGGUUGUGGGCCCUCAGCUGCCUCAUCCAGGACCGUGGAGAUGUCUUGCCGAGCUACCAGCAGUUCAUCUCGCAGCUCAAGGACAAGCUUAACGGCGGCAACUAUUAGGCGCCCAAGUUUGAACACCAUAAACUAUCUUACGAGACUCGCCGUUAUUGUACAGAGGACUGGAAUGAUAUGCGUGCUUUCCGGAACUUUUCC